GAUAAGGAUAUUAGAAGUCACUGAGUUACAGUAGGGGAGACAUUAUCUCUUAUAAUAAAGUGUCCCCUAUAAUUCUCAACCUAGUUUGGUCACAGAACCCUUUGAAUAUCCUAAUCAUAUACAGUAGGGGGUAAAACAGCAGCCUGGUAUUUAAAUAAAAGUGUCUAAUUGUGAGAUUAUAUCACAAUGAUGAUGUCUCACACACAGCCAAUAGGCUGCUCUGUAUGAAUAAAGAUCAAAUAUUGGCCCCUUAUAUGCUGCUAUAUUAUAUACAGUCCAAAGUAGAGGGACAGACGCCCCCUAAUCCUGCUAUUGACAGUAAUGGUGCUGCGUGGCACCCUUGGGAAGAGCCUGUUCCGUAGGGCGCACACAGACAAGCGCCGGUGCCACCUGAUCCCACCGUGGGCUCCUAUUUCCUAUGCCUUGGGCUCCGGCGGAGUGGAAACGUGGAUCAGGUGGUUGGGAAAGUAACUUUAUCCGGAGGGUUUCCAGCAAUAAGCAGAGCCGGGAGUGAGGCGAGGGGCUGAUAGCGUUCCUCCGGGGCAUUAUUAUAUUAAAGUGAAUAUCGGCCCGAGGGGGACGGGAAGCCCCAGAAGCAUGCAGGUGGCACCUUGCAGGCUCCGCACCCACCAAUGGUGCUUCAUCCUUUUCAACAUUGUGCUGUUCCACGCCUUGCUCUUCGGAGCGGACUUCAUGGAGGAAUACCUGAUGCAAUCUGUGCCCGUGUCUUACACAGAAGGAAGGUUCCUUGAGAUCAGAGAACAAGCGAGGAACCUGAACAUGCAACUCCUGAAGAAAAAUAUCUCCGAGUCCUAUGUAAUUAGGGAGGAAGGUCUUUGUUCUGGUCGGGAUGUCUUUCUGCUUAUGGUGGUUUCCAGCAGCCCAGAAAACAAGACAAGGCGGGACACGAUCCGACGCACUUGGGGUAACAUGACCAAUUACAAAGACCUUGUAGUGGUGCGGAUGUUUGCUUUGGGAAGGCCAACCUCGGAAGAAACUCAGGCGGAGCUCCUAGUUGAAUCCCAGGUCCAUAAGGACAUGGUGGAAGCAAGCUUCUUGGAUACCUAUGAGAACAGAACACUGAAAGUCAUCACGUCCAUGGAGUGGAUUGUAACCUUUUGCCCCAACGCCAGAUUCAUCCUCAAAGUCGACCAAGAGGCGUUUGUGAACGUGGAGAGCCUAGUUGAUUAUCUGAGCUACCUGCUGACCUUGGAAAGACGUUCUGAAGAUGUCUACAUUGGAAGAGUCAUCCACCAGGGGGUUCCAGAUAGAGAACCAAAGAGUCUCCAUUUUGUCCCCACUUCUUCCUAUCCAGAUGCCUUCUACCCCGACUACUGCAGCGGGACCGCCUUGGUGAUUUCUCAAGAUGUAGCAAGGAAGGUCUAUCUGGUCUCCAAAGAUGAGACAACGCUGCUACCACCAGAUGUCUUCCUCGGGAUGUGUGCUCGGAAGGCAGGGGUCGUUCCCGUUCACAGCUCCCGAUUCUCCGGCCCCAAACACAUCACGUAUAACAGAUGUUGCUACAGGUUCAUCUUCUCUUCCUCCUCGGUGGGAGAAGAAGAACUGUCUUUCCUCUGGAGGGACAUGAGCAACGGCAAGGAGUGCUCUGUCCUCGAAACGUACUACGGCCUGGUGUCCUGUAAAGUCCAGACGUACCUGGGUGAAUUCAAGUACUUCAAUGCGGAUAAAAUAAAGAAAGGCGGGCCGCAUUUUUAAGAUGUUUAUUUUGUGAUAGGUCUUCCAGAACGGCUGGGAGGAGCCAAUGAAGGAAGCUGUAGACACUCAAACUCCAUUGCUGAUCUGCAGCCCAGACAUCUCAAUGGUCUUGCAGAGAAGGUCCAAACUGAUGGGUCGGAGGAAAAGAGUCUGUAAAUAAUUGUUCAUGUGUCCGACUUGAUCCAGUAAAACCGCCCCGUCUGUAGACCUAUCAGAAGCUGAGCUUCCUCUUCCCACAGUUUAUUUUGUGUGGUGAGAAAUAAAAUAUUUAUUGGAAUUAU